CUAGCGCAAAGCGUGAAAAGCAUAACUUAAUUUACCCCAAAUCUAAACAAAAGAUCAGUGAAACCCCCAACUCUUUAAUCUCACGCCUGCCCUCUUAUUGUUAGAUUUCCUUGAAACCGAUAAUCAGAAUACCCGAGAAAAUGGACUCAGAAACGAGAGAGAAGAUAAAGAAAACGGUGAGGGAACUCUUGGAAGAAGCCGACAUGAACGAAAUGACAGAGUACAAGAUUCGACAAUUGGCUUCCAAGAGACUGGAACUCGACCUCUCCGAAUCCAAGUACAAGGCUUAUGUCAGACAUGUCGUCAAUGCUUUCCUCGAAGAACAAAAGGCCAAAGAAGAAGAAGAAGAAGAAGCUGCGGGUGAUGAUAAUAACAAUAACAACAACGAGUUUGAUGAUGAUGGUGAUCUCAUUAUUUGCAGGUUGUCUGACAAGAGAAGGGUGACUCUCCAAGACUUCAGAGGGAAAACUUUAAUUUCCAUAAGGGAGUACUAUAAAAAGGACGGCAAGGAACUUCCUUCAUCUAAAGGAAUAAGUUUGACAGAAGAACAAUGGUCUACCUUGAGGAAGAACAUACCAAACAUUGAGAAAGCUGUUAGGAAGAUGGAGUCACAUACCAUGUGAGAGCAUCAUCCGUAGACGGACACUGAAAUGCCGGAUUUCAAAUAUGUAAUUUUGAAACUUAACCUCAGCAUCUAUGGUGGCUAUGCACACACUUGCCACUUCCCCUUUCAAAAGACUAUAUCACUGUUUCGAUUCUGUAAUGCUUUUGAAUCCCGUUUUGGAAUACUGUGGCAGAUCUAGCCUGUCGGAAUUGAUGUGAAUUGUGUAAUCGAUGCUGAUACUUAUCUAGAAUGUAUGUGAUAUGCUUUGGCAAGAAAGUUUAUAUUCAUAAUUA